GCAGUUGAACCCAACAAUCCCAAAGCAAACCAUCAGCAAAAACCGCCACCAUGAGGCGUCAACUCCAUCUCCUCCUCCUUCUCCUCCUCCUCCUGGCCGCCCUCCUCCUCUCCGCGCUGGCCAUCGGCGAGUGGAACCCGAUCAAGGACGUGCGCAACCCCCACGUCAAGGAGAUCGGAGAGUUCGCAGUCGCCGAGUUCAACAAGGACCCGCGACAUGGCGCUGACCUGCAGUUCCAGAGCGUGAUCAAGGGGGAGACCCAGGUCGUGUCCGGCACGAACUACCGGCUGAUCCUCGCGGCGAGGGAUCCGGCGGGGGUCAAGAAUUACGAGGCGUUGGUGUGGGAGAAGCCGUGGGAGCACUUCAAGCAGCUCAAGUCUUUCAGCCCCGUGAAAGAUGUCUAAAAGGCACAUUUGCAUGUCCAAACUUAAUGUGAGAGUUAGUGAGGAAAAUAAUGUUUGCUUUGGUUU